AAGAUACGAGAGCGGGCUCUCUCUCCACCUUCUUAUACACCGCCUGGCCGCGUUGAACACUAUCGCUUUCGCUCUCACCUCAACCUCCGCAACAAUGUCGACGCCAGAGACCCCUACGCGUCGACCAACCUACCCUCUCGCUCACGCUUUCCGCCGUAAACCCCGUCGUCUACCUCUCGUCCUUCGCUUCUCAAAGGGCGCUGUACACGACAUCAUCCUUAUACCUGUGCUCCUUCACUCGCUCUUCACCGUCCUGAUCGUCUACAUCGAUACCCGCUAUGUGGACAGCAUAUCCAUCCCGGCGACCAUCAUACCGUCGCUCUCCAUAGUGGUCGGUCUGAUGCUAGUCUUCCGCAAUAGCACCGGCUACGACCGUUUCUGGACCGGCCGCAACUGCCUCACCACAAUCGGAACCUGCGUCCGAAACCUCGCUCGCAUCUGUCUCGUAAACUCCCGCGACAAAGAUGGCCAUGCGACAGAAGAAGAAAGAAGAGAUACAGAGAACAUAGUCCGCGUCCUCGUAGCAGUCUUGUACUCCAUCAAACACAACCUCCGCGCGGAGUUCAACAUCCCACCUGCGAGUCUAGCUACCUUGCCUCCUCAACCAAGCGUCUACCCAAAUCGCUCCCGCCCAGUUUCCAGACGCCCCAGCUACAUCGACCGCACCGGUAGUUUCGGCCCGUUCUAUCCCCCCAUUCUCACAAACAACAGCACGAGCACAACUCCACUUCUCGGCGGCUCGACUGCUACUCUCGAAAACGGUGAUGGCACGACGCCUAUGAAGAAGGACGAAUACGUGUCUCUCCUUCCGGAAGGCUUGAUGGGCUAUGAAGAUCAGGGUCUGGGCUUGCCAUUGCAGCUCACAAUUUUACUGGAAGGCUACAUCCGCCGCGGUCACGACAGAGGCUGGUUCCACGCACCGCUCUCCUCGCAAAUGACUGUUCAGCUGAAUACUCUCGUUUCUGCGUAUGGCACUAUGGAGACUAUUCACAGCACGCCCAUCCCUGUCGCGCAUCUGAUCCACCAGAAGCAGGUCCUGGCGCUGUAUGCAUGUGUGCUGCCAUUUGCUAUUGUCGAUGAUUACAGGUGGUGGAGUGUGCCUAUCGUUGCUAUCAUUGCGUUUACGCUCUAUGGUAUCGAGGGUAUUGGCGUCCAAUUGGAGGAUCCUUUUGGAUAUGAUAAGAAUGACAUCAAGAUGGAUGGGAUCAUUGAGGAUACGAGACAAGAGGUUAUGGUGUUGUUGGAGGAGUGGAGGGCGAGUCAUGAGGGAAGAGCUAUGGGCGGCAUGUUUGAGUGUGAGUCGUUCUGCGAGUGAAAGAACGAACGAUCUGAUCAAGGGAAGAGAUGGAGUGUGACGAGAUAGCGAAAGAGUCAGCUGCGAACGAUUGUCUGUUUUGGUCUUUACGAGUUUCCAUAGCGCAGAUACCCCAGAAGCACAAUGACCAAACGAAUGUGUCCUACACGGAAAGCAAGCUAAAAGCGCGAAGAUUUGGUUGACUUUGUUACAAUACAUUAGCUACCGUUCUUCCGCCCUCCUGUAUGUCUUGCUUACUCUUGAACUAUAACACAUUGCAACAUGAUCCCCCCACCCAGACCU